UACUCGCCGCUUGCGUACUUGGACUGAGGCUGAUGAAGUUUCAUAAGUCCGCGAGUACAGAGUAGUAUCCUUACUGAGUCAUCUCCUCCCUCGGCUGCGCAUUUCACAGGAUCCAGACCCAGACACGACUACUGUUGUUUCUGCUGCUGCUACUUUACUUUGAUCAAAAACGGUUUCCUUUAGUCACCCUGUGAUUUUGGGGAGAAUGACCAUGGAUAUGACUUUCCUCGGGACGGGCUCGGCUUACCCGUCUCCUCACCGCGGUGCCUCGGCUCUGGUGCUGCGGACAGAGGGAGACUGUUGGCUGUUUGACUGCGGAGAAGGAACCCAGACGCAGCUGAUGAGGAGCCAACUCAGAGCCGGUCGAAUCUCCAAGGUUUUCAUCUCCCACUUGCAUGGAGAUCACCUGUUUGGUCUGCCUGGUCUUCUCUGCACAAUCAGUCUCAACACCAACCCAGACCCUCAGCAGAACCACAACUGUGUGGACAUCUACGGGCCCCGGGGCCUUCGCCACUUUCUUAGGGUGACGCUUGGCCUAACAGGGUCACAGCUGCUUUUCCCAUAUGCCGUUCACGAGCUGGAGCCCACACUUGACCAGAGUCCAGCAGAGGGACAGCUCAGUUUGGAGAUGACAGCAGAGUGCAGUCCUCUGCACCCACAGGAACGACUGGGCAGGACAAUCUCCCUGGACAUGUCCAGUGACUCUUACCCCCUCUUUGAAGACAAGUCGUUUGUGGUCAAAGCCUUCAGGCUGUUUCACCGCAUCCCUUCCUUCGGUUUUUGCAUUCAGGAGCACGAUCACCCCGGAAGACUGAAAAUCGAACGACUGAAGGAACUGGGAGUGAAACCGGGGCCUUUGUAUGGGCGUCUCAAAGCCGGAGAGUCCGUGACUUUGGAAAGCGGGCAUGUGGUGUUGCCCAGUGACGUGCUGGAAGAAACCAUUCCAGGGAGGAAAGUCUGCAUUUUAGGAGACUGUAGCUCAGUUCUCGGGGCAGGGCCUCUGAGUUUAUGCAGUGGCGCGGACGUUCUGGUUCAUGAGGCGACUCUUGGGAACGAACACAGGGAGAAAGCAGUGGAUCACGGACACAGUACACCGGAGAUGGCGGCUACAGUGGCUCGGGAAUGCUGUGCGAGGAAGUUGGUGCUGUACCACUUCAGUCAGAGGUACAAGCCCAGCUCCCUGCUGAAGGAGGGAGACGAGGACGAUGUUUCAGAGCUCAAGAGACAGGCUGAAGACGCUCUGCGGGACAGUGAUGUAGAAGUGAUUCUGGCUGAGGACUUUCUGACUCUGCCCAUUCUUCUCAGAAAACCGAGGUGAAAAACAACCAGAUCGCAGCAUGUGCAAGAGUGUUUGUCCCUCUGUAAUUGAGAAGUCGGAUAACAAGGAUCAUUUUCUCAAUUAGAUGUUGGGAAGAAUGA